CCCGGUCGGUCAGCCAGUUCUUCGUCCAUAGGACGAGACCUCGAUAUUGAGAAUCGUGGUCUUCUUAGAAACCAGCCCCUUCUGAGUUCGACAUGAAGCUCUCCUCUUUCUUCGUUGGCGCCACCUUCGACACGAACAUCGUGAACGGAGCCGUCCAGCCCCGCCUACAAAUACUCAGCGAGUCGACCCGGAAGACCAAGUAUAAACCCAUCAAGUUCUCGACCAAUCCUGCCGCGGAUAUCCGAGACAGCGCGACCAUCGACGGACCCGACUCCCGCUGCAACCAGGGCGCUUUUGCGAGCGCUGAACGUACCAGUGUCCUGACGGUGAACGCCGGCGAUGGAAUCCGUCUCCGUCUGGCUGCCAAUACCAUCUUCCAGCACCCCGGCCCCGGUCUCGUGUAUCUCUCUCGGGCCCCCAACGACAAUAUCACGGCCUAUGACGGACCGGGCGACUGGUUCAAGAUCCACCACGAGGGUGUCUGCAACGAAAACAUCCCAAAGAACACGCGCAACGGCGAGUACCUCGCACGUUUCGAGCACUUCGGCACCGGCAAGCCCGACCCGACAGGCAAGUUCCCCGGCACCUACAAGGCCAGCGAUCCCCAUGCGUCCUUCAACAUCUACAACGGCUACAAGGGCUUUCCCAGGCCCGGCCCUGCUGUCUGGUCGAGCUAA